ACUGGAGAGAGGGCUUUCUCAGUCACUCGCUCUGCUGAUGGUCUCAGCUGGCAUUAUGCUGGAUCUAAUCUGGCCUGUGACCAGAAGUAUUUGUUGGAUUAUAGGAGCGAGAGGUUGAAGGAUUUGAGGAGCGGUUGAGGCUUUCCUUACAAUAAGACCAGAUUGGAGCUGUUGGACUUUUAUCAUGUGGAGCAGAGCAGAUUGGAUAUUUUGGGGAUUUUAGAUGACAAAGGGGAGCUGAUGAAGAUUCUGAGAUGAAGAAAGAUAUCGAGUUAUUAAUAGCUGAAGAACGGGCUGAAAUCAUCUCAAAAUAUGACAAGGGCAGAACAGAGGACGCGCACAUUAACCCUUGGGAAGAUGCCAACUACAGCCUUUACAAGGUCAUGGACCGCUUCGGCUUCCUGCAUGAGAAGGAGUUGCCCACUCCAAGUGCAGUGGAGGAAAAGCAUAAGCUUCAGGAGAUUGAGAGAGCGGAGAAGUGGCUUAAGAUGGUGAAGAAAUGGGACCAAAAGUACCAUAACAGUGAAAAGAUGAUGAAGCGUGUGUAUAAGGGGAUUCCCCUGCAGCUGCGGGGCCAGGCUUGGGCUCUUCUGCUGGAAGUGGAGAAGGUAAAGGAGCAGAAUCAGGGGAAGUAUGAGGCAAUGAAGAAACAAGCCAGACUCCACUCAACAGAGAUCAAACAGAUAGACCUGGAUGUCAACAGGACUUUUAGAAAUCAUGUAAUGUUCAUGGAAAGAUUUGGAGUCAAGCAAAAAGCUCUGUUUGAUGUGCUGACAGCCUACUCUGUCUACAACAAGGAGGUCAGCUACUGCCAGGGCAUGAGCCAGAUUGCAGCCAUUUUGCUAAUGUAUCUGAAUGAGGAGGACGCAUUUUGGGCCCUGUCUCAGCUCCUUACCAACCAGAAGCAUGCUAUGCACGGAUUCUUCAUCCCUGGCUUUCCCAAGCUACAGAGGUUCCAGGCUCACCAUGACCAAAUCCUGGCUAAACUCCUUCCAAAGCUCAAGAGGCACAUGGAUAAGGAGCAGAUGACCACGGGUAUAUACACAACCAAAUGGUUCCUGCAGUGUUUCAUUGACAGAACACCUUUCACCUUGACCCUGCGUCUGUGGGACAUAUACAUCCUGGAAGGAGAGAGGAUUCUGACUGCUAUGGCCUACACUGCCCUAAGAAUUCACAAAAAGCGUCUGCUGAAGAUGUCUUUGGAGGAUCUGCGGGAGUUUCUGCAGGAGAGCAUCUCCUCCUCCUUCCACCAAAAUGACGAUACCGUCAUAGAGCAGCUGCAGGCCGCCAUGGCUGAUCUACGCAAAAUGAAGCUGGAUCUUCCUCCUCCAUCAAAAGGUGAUGAGUUGCCGAAGAUGCCUCUGGGUGUGGAGGAUCCAGAGGAUGUUGUAUUAACUCCAGUGAAGCCUAAGCAGGAUGCGCUCCCUCAGCCAGCCAACCCUCGCUUACCGGAGCCCGUCACCCAGAAUCAGACCCCCUCCAUCCCUCCAGUCUGCCCAGUAAUACCAUACAGCCAGGCAAAUGGUCCAGUACCUCUAAUCACAACCUCAUAUCCACAGCCUGGGUCUGCAGGAUCAGAGACUAGAGUCCACAGCCGGAGUGGAGCUGCUGAGAAGAGGCUGGCUUUCCCCUCAGCAGGCGCCACUCUCUCGCCAGACAGUGCUUUUAAAAGACCACCUUCAGUUGACUCCAUUCUGCAGGGGGAUGCGGGUGACUGGCCACCUCCGUACCAACCUUCUGAGACUGAUGUCGCCAGUGUUCACUCUCUAAACUUUCCUGAACUGCCCCCUCCACCUCUACCAGAGGCUGGAGUGGAGCUUUUACCCCUGGAGGACGCCACAUUACCGCCACCACCACCAGCAGCAUCACUGACUCAUCCUUUGGAUCCCUGUUCCUCACCAUCUUCAUACAGAGCCCAGCGGCAGCUCAGCAAGUUCCCCGUCAACUUGUACGUACCCCCUUCCACAAGCGACCGGCGGCCCUCCAACACCUCUCAUUACGAUAACCUGUCCGAGGAGGAGGAGUCCGUGGAGAGGUUGCUGGAAAUUGCAGCUACUCUUCCUCCAAGCCCAGAAACAGGUCGAGGAAUCUCCAGCCUCCCCACGCUGCCAGAGGACAGUGCCACCCACCAUUGGCCCCAACCACCAGGGUUCUUUUACAUCCCUGACUCUGUUCCACCUCCUCCACCUCAGCCAUACCUCAGUGCAUUGCCCCCAUUGCCUCAGGAGCAGGACUACCAGGGGCCGGACAGUUGGGUGACUUCAGACUGCGUCCUCCCAAAACCUCCCCCCGACUUUGCAGACACACCCUCCCCAGUCCCCUCCCCCAUGAUUUCCUUCAGAUCCCACCAGGCAAAUCAGAAUCAGAAGGACACCUACAGGAACCAGCUACGAUCUCCCAAGGUCCCAGUAAAACCACCACCACCAGCAGCUCCAUCCCCUACACCACCUCCGGUGUGGCCUGACUCGAGCCUUAACCGGAUGCAUGUCCCAAACCGCCAGCUGCCAAAGCCAGUGACCUUCUAACACAGGAAACGUUUGCGGCCUUUGGUGCUGCUGCAAUAAAAAAAAAAUAAAAGUCAUGUUCCGUCUCUCUGAUGUUCAGAACUUUCCAAAUGUCAAGCCAUCCUGUUACGUUCUCUCUUCUUUUUUCCUCUCAAACUGUUGUGAUUUGUACAGCUUUUUUUUUUACCCGUUAAGAUUUGAUUUUGUUCCUUUUAUGGUGGAAUUAUGUCUAAUGUAGCAUAUUUUGCCACAUUAAUGGUGCUUCUAUGUGUAAUUGUUGUCUUCUAUGUGUAAAAGCACUGUUGUUGAGCUUAGAUCCGUUUGGCUUGUACCCGUUUUGUGCCUUUUAAGCUGUUUGCUUUGUACAGAUAUCUAUGUAAGACUUAAGACUUUGAAAAAACUCCAAAAAUAUUUCUAAUUUGUACAGGACACCAAAAAGGUCAAUUCAAUUCCAAAUUUUAUUUGCUCUUCCGAAACUCCAGCCAAUUAGCAUGUUAUGCAAAGGAGUCAGACGUAUGCAUGCUUUCACUCAUUCUAUAAUUUCCUCAUCUAUAAUAUGCAGUGUUUUGAGUUGUGAAAAUGUGUUUGAAUGUGUUUAAGUGUGAGUGAUGUGAUUUGGUUUAUGCAGCUUUGUUUUUUUUGUUGUUUUUUAUCUUCUGCUCACUUUAAAACAUAUCCUGUAAAGCUUUACGCACAAAUGGCAAUUUAAUUGUAACAAAAAGAAAGCUUUUUGUCUUUUAUGUGGCUCAUAGUAAAAAAAAAAAAAAGGAAAAAAUGCUUAUAUCAGAAUGAGCACAUCCCAGUGUAAGAGAGUUGGCUCUAGAAGUUUUUGAGAUUUGUUUUUUUUUCUAAUGUAUUUUAAAAUGCUUUAGGUCAAGGAUUUGGAAAUGAAUCCUCUAGUAGAGGGAUCACAAUUUAACAAUUUGCUGAUUUCUAGCUCCACAUUGUGGAAGACAAUGUGCAAUCUUCCAUAAAAACCUCAAAUGCUUUGCCUGUAAAUGUGUGUUCACAGUGAAUUUGUACAGAACUUAAACAGAGAGAAAAAUAUUGUGAAAAACAUCGUAUUAUUUUAUUUGCACUUUUUUAAACUGUAUUUAAGAGCUUUAUGUUUUGUGGUGUUCCUCGGGUGCAGCUGCUUUUCCCUUUGAAAGCAGCUUCCAACCUGUUCCAACCCAAAGAUGGUCUUUUGUAUUUGGUUGUGAUGCUGUGAUGACACCAUUUAAUGCCAAAAAUGUUUAAAAGAAAAAAAUGUGGUGGUUUUUUUUUCACACAGUGUUUUAUUGAACAUUUACAUUAUUGCUUCAUUCUGCAGUGUGCAUUCAGUGCUGCCUGACACAGUCUAUCAGAAAACUUCUUUCAGUACUUCUGCUGUAGUAUACAAAAGUUAAGUGCAUCACAGUAUCAAGAUAUGAGGCAUAUCAUUAAAAAAGGCAUGAAAGCAAGUCGAAAAGAAAGCAUAUUAAACUUAUAGAAAAGUGCAAACAUAAGGCACCUUUAGAUUAGCAGGAUGUAGUUUGCAUUUCCAAAGAAUGAAAUAUUUUCCCUCCCCCACUCCCCAAGGACACAGAGUAUUAUAGUUUAUUGCUAUGUAUAGGCCCCAGCUCUGCAAAGCAAAGUGAAAUAUGAAAAUAUACACAAAGACAUUUCUUUUAGGGAUUAGUGCAGUAAGAAGAACUUCAUUGUCAGAUAUACUAUUCACUUCCAUAAAUAAAUCAUCAACCUAAAAUGGCUUACUUGGCAUGGAAUAACUUAUAAAAACAAAUUACAUAAUAAAAUAUAGUAAUAAAACAGUUCAUGAAAAGGAGUGUAACUAUUGCAUACAAAUUACCGUCUUAAGGCCCCACUACACUCAGUUCUGUACAAACAUGUGAUUCAAUCCUUCGUAGGCUUAGUGCCAGUUAAAGUCACCCUAUUUGCUUCUGAAAGCUAAGGGACAGAUUUCAGAUAUUUCAAGUAAAAUCUGCAAAUAAAGCUACAAGUGUCUCAGUGCACUUCUAAACAUAAAGGUGCUUCAAAUGCAAUUGAGUUUUUUACAACAGAAAUGUAAGAAUGAAGAACAUUUACUUUACCAAUUAAGAGAUUCUUUGCAC